CGUGCACAGGGUCUAUUAAGCGACCACUUUCAGUUACUUUCAGAAAUCGCGAACCCGGAAAUACGAAUGAUACUCAUAGAAACUCACCAGUCAGCGUUUAAGUAACAUGAAAGACAAAGCCCAGAGAGUACAGUAGAACAAUGAUUAAUUAUUAUUAAUUAUCGAGGGCUCGCUAAAUCCUCUGCUUUGUCUGUGAGGUGAACCUCCUCCGUGUUUAUUCUCCUGUCAGAGUGGAUCACCACCUCAGUGGAGGAUCUGUGCAGUUCUGCGGAGGAUCGGGAUGCUCUCCAUGUCCUCCUCCUCCUCCUGCUGCUGCUCCUCUUCCUCCUCCUCCUCGCAGACUCAGACCAUUCAACACCCUGGAUCCUCUCCCGUCCUCAGACCCGGACCCGCGUCCUUAACCCGGGAUUUAAACCUGGACUGCAGCCUGUGAGGGGCAGAUCAGGGUGCGAGGCGGGGGAGCUGGUGGAGCUUCUUGGACGUGGAUCCAGCGCGCGUGCGUCUGACCACGAGUUCGUGUUUGUUUAUAAAAUAACGCGAAACAAAAAGCGUGUUUCUCCUUUUAAGAUGACGGAUCCGUUGUCUUUUUUCCGACUCCUUAUUAAAAGAUUCACGCGGAGACCCUGAACGCGGCACCGGCAGCGCGCGUACACCUCCGGUUUAUGUUUCAGUCUUUUGUACCUGCGCGCUCACCUGUGUGGACGCAUGUCUCAGAUCCAGCACGCGGCUCUGGACCAGCAGGGCCGGUACAACCAGAUCUGCACCCGUGGCGGCAGCUGCCCGCCCCCCGCAGACGGUUCCGAGCCGGCCCACUGCCCCGGCCACAGGAGCCGGAGUCCCCGCAAGAAGUGGCAGGUGUUCCCAGGCAGGAACAGGUUCUACUGCGACGGCAGGAUCAUGAUGGCCCGGCAGACCGGGGUCUUCUACCUGACCCUGGUCCUCAUCCUGCUCACCUGCGGCCUCUUCUUUACCUUUGACUGUCCUUUCCUGGCGUCCAACCUGACCCCGGCCAUCCCGGCGGUCGGUGGCGUUCUCUUCAUCUUCGUGAUGGGGAUGCUGUUCAGGGCAAGUUUCAGCGACCCCGGCAUUUUACCCCGAGCGACACCAGACGAGGCCGCCGACCUUGAGCGACAGAUUGACUCUGCAGGAUGCUCCAGGCCGCCUCCUCGGACCCGAGAGGUUCUCAUCAACGGGCAGGCGGUCAAGCUGAAAUACUGCUUCACCUGUAAGAUCUUCAGGCCGCCCCGAGCAUCGCACUGCAGCCUGUGCGACAACUGUGUGGAGCGCUUCGACCAUCACUGUCCGUGGGUGGGGAACUGCGUCGGGCGGAGGAAUUAUCGCUUUUUCUACCUGUUUAUCCUCUCCCUGUCACUCCUCACUGUCUUCAUCUUCGCCUUCGUCAUCACACACGUCAUCCUCAGAUCGAACCAGACGGGUUUCCUGGGCGCGCUCAAAGACAGCCCAGCCAGCGUCCUGGAGGUGGUGGUGUGUUUCUUCUCCAUUUGGUCCAUUGUCGGCCUGUCAGGCUUCCACACCUACCUGAUCAGCUCCAACCAGACCACCAACGAGGACAUUAAAGGGUCCUGGUCCACCAAACGAGGGAAGGAUAACUACAACCCGUACAGCUACGGGAACAUCCUGACCAACUGCUGUGCUGCCCUCUGUGGACCUCUACCUCCCAGUCUGAUUGACAGGAGAGGUCUGAUCCAGUCCGGCACGCCGCAGACCGUCUCCCAGUCCAAUGGCACCAGCAACAGCAGCUAUGCCUCCACUCAGCUCCACAGCAACAUGUGUGAUCAGGAUCAGUGCAUCCAGAGCACUAAGUUUGUGCUGCAGGCUGCCACCACGCCUCUGCUGCACAGCGACCCCGUCGUGCUGGCCCCGCUGCCAGGUAAGACCACCACUCUGGGGGGCCCCUGCGCCUACCUGGCCCCUGCCCAGCCGUCCCUGCCAUCCUGCGGAGGCGAUGUCCUGACGCUGAGGGACGCUGCUGUCGACUCCCGCUGUCACCACCACCUGCACCUCCAUCACCACCAUCACCACCACCACUUUGUGAGUCCGGAGGAGACGCCAUGUGCCACGCCACAGGGUGCCCUGCCCUGCCCCGCCCACCUGCACCUCCACCACCAACCCCACCCUGCCAUCCCCUCCCCCGUUGCCCUGUACGACCCUGCCAGUCAGGACGCUCUACACGAGGACUCGGUCAGGGGGCUAGUGAAGCUCAGCUCCGUCUGAAUGUGACGUCCGUUGGACAGAUUUUUACUGUCUAUGUUAAAAAAACUAAACAAAUAAAACAAACUGUUUCCAAAUCGUGAUGAUAAAAACGAACACACCUCAGUAAAACAUCUGAUCACAAACUCAGCUGAUGGGCUGGUGUCUCGGGUGAAGAUUGUCCUCAGAGCAAAGACUUGUCUCCAGACGCCAGAGAAACACUGACACUUUCUCCCUUUUAGACUUUUUGUCUUUGACGCUUCUCGACUUCACAUUUUUUGUGACUUUGUUUGGCAGCUUUUAGAAAGUCCACCUGUUCUGCCCCGUUUGUCCUGUAUUAAAUAUUACUUUAGUAAACUCAAAACACUUUCGCACAAAAGCACCUUUUCUGUUUGGACUUCUGUCUGAGGACCAAAGCUGGACUUGGUCCUCGUCCACUUUCCGUUCGUGUUUCAUCCUUCGACCAACCUUCAUUCUUUGAAUUCCUGCUAAAAACGUUGAAUCCAGAAUAAGCUACUUCAAUGCCAAACGUUCAGCUGCAGCAGCAGCAGGACCAAAACUACAAACUCUGACUUUUUAUUUUAUUACAUAUAAUAAAUAAUAUUUGAUUGUUUUUUGGUUCUGAUGGUAACUGGUUGGUGUUCUGAGACCAGCAUUUGCCUCAGCCAAUCAAUGUUUGUGAUGCCAUGUCAACAAAUAAAAAACAAAAAGCCAAUUCAAAGAUCAGUUUGAGCUGCAUGAUGAUAUUCAAAUGUCUUCACGUCAUCAUGUUUCUGAGUCAGAGGAAAACUGAAGGUUUAGUGUUUGGUUUAAAUGAUGGACGAAUCCAUCAUGCGUGUUUUUCCUGAGUACACAUUCAUGCGUUAGGAUGCUCAGAUGCACCACAGCAACGUGGAGUCUUCAUGUAGGCGUCUGUGUGCUGCAUGGAUGACUUAACAAAUUCCAUUAACCUCCAAUUAAAAGCUAUACUCAGAUGUAGGGAUGGGUAUCGUUUAGGUUUUAUCCGAUACCGGUGCCAAACCGGUACUUUUGAAAUGGUGCCGGU